AUGAAGAUCGCAGCCUUCAAUGUCAAGAAUCUUGGAGUGAGAAAACUCAACAAAGAUAUUGUACGGAAUAAUCUGAUCAAGAUUGUGUCUCGGUACAGUGUGGUGGUGUUACUUGAGGUGCGGGAUCCCAAUGGCAGGGCAAUGAACAAAUUUCUCACAGAGCUCAACAGACACGGGAAAGUCAUCACAAACCACAUUAACAGGGGGAACAGAUCUCGUCCAUACAGGAUGGAGAUCAGUGCCCCAGUAGGACGAAAUUCCUACAGGGAGCAGUUUGUCUUCUUCUACAGACAGGAUGAAAUGAGUGUGAUUGACCGUUACCAGUAUGAAGAAGAAAACGAAAACGUGCUUGCCAGAGAGCCCUUUAUUGUGCAGUUUCGCCGCCGUUCAGCCAGACGUAUGUAUGAGUUUGUGAAGAAGCUUGUUCUGAUUCCCGUCCACACCAAACCAAAGGAUGCUGAACAUGAGCUGCGUGCUCUUCAUAAUGUGGUCCAAGAUGCAAGAAAGAGAUGGGGCACUAAUAGCAUCAUGAUUUUGGGGGAUUUCAAUGCAGAUGGACGUUACCUGUCAAGUAAUAAAAGGACAAACAUCAGAAUGAGCUCUCGUCCCUACUUUUGGUUGAUAGAUGAAGACGCUGACACCACUACUAGUGACCUUAAUGACCAUACAUAUGACAGGAUUGUUGUGUUUGGAAAGAGGAUGAAUGACGCAGUUGUUCCUGGCUCUGCAAAGCCUUUCGACUUCAAAAGAGCGUACCGCCUAAAUUAUGACACAACUCGAUCCGUCAGUGACCACUACCCCGUGGAGGUGGAGCUUCGGGACAAUUAACAUAUGAAGAAUUAUAGAAAAAAGCUUUAUUUUUACAUUGAGAACCUGCCUUGAAGUGAGAUAGCAAACAAAUUUCACCUCCAGUUUUAUAAUCAGGAACCAUGUAUGUGUGUUAUAUGUGUAGUUAUAUAACGGUUCAUGUUAAAAUAGUUUUUGCUGUCUUUUUUUGAUAUUAUGUGCAAUUUUAUGCCAAAGAAGAGUAAAUGAGGCACUCUACCUUUUAGUAAAAUUAACAACU